CGGCGAGAGGGGGAGGGGGACGCGGGAGAGGCGGGUUGGGCGGCCGACUGCUGCUCCCCGGCUACCUGUGUGGCCCUCGACCUGACUCAGACCCCCGGGCGGGCUCUGGGGGCUCUUCCCUCGGCUUUAAGGAAAGUUCUGAAUAGAGUAAGAGCGAGAGGCUCUGCCCUCGCUGCGGUCCGCUCCGCCCGCAGACCGUGGGCGUCGGGCCGUUUGUUGUUUCUUUAAUUCCUGCAGAAGGCGAGCGGGCCAGCGGUUGCGGGACAGGUGCGAUGAUUGUGGACUGAGACGCGCUCGGGUAGAGACUAUGUAAUCAUCUCCGUGUCUGUGCAGAAGACUUCUCUUCGGGGAGGGAAGAGGAGGGAUCGGCUCGCUCCUCCGGCGGCAGUGGCGGCGACUCUGCAGGCGGAGUUUCGCGGCGGCGGCACUAGGGUUGCGCCAGCCCCGCGGGGAGGUCGCUCCAGCCAGCCUCGGCGGUCGCGAGAGCCCCAGCGCCCGAGCGCCUGAGCCGGCUGGGGGCGAAGGCGAGCGAGACCGAGCUCCCGGGAGCCCCGUAGGGGACGAGCGGCGGCCGCGACCAAGUCGAGCGCACCCCCCGCCCGCCCCAGCGGCGCCGCGCCGGGCGGCGUCCAGGCGGCAUGGAGAAGGACGGCCUGAGCCGCGCCGACCAGCAGUACGAGUGCGUGGCGGAGAUCGGGGAGGGCGCCUAUGGAAAGGUGUUCAAGGCCCGCGACUUGAAGAACGGAGGCCGUUUCGUGGCGCUGAAGCGCGUGCGGGUGCAGACGGGCGAGGAAGGCAUGCCGCUCUCCACCAUCCGCGAGGUGGCGGUGCUGAGGCACCUGGAGACCUUCGAGCACCCCAAUGUGGUCAGGUUGUUUGAUGUGUGCACAGUGUCACGAACAGACCGAGAAACCAAACUAACAUUAGUGUUUGAACAUGUUGAUCAAGACUUGACCACUUACUUGGAUAAAGUUCCAGAGCCUGGAGUGCCCACUGAAACCAUAAAGGAUAUGAUGUUCCAGCUUCUCCGAGGCCUGGAUUUUCUUCAUUCACACCGAGUAGUGCACCGUGAUCUAAAACCACAGAACAUUCUGGUGACCAGCAGUGGACAAAUAAAACUGGCUGACUUCGGCCUUGCCCGCAUCUACAGUUUUCAGAUGGCUCUUACCUCAGUGGUCGUCACGCUGUGGUACAGAGCUCCAGAAGUCUUGCUCCAGUCCAGCUACGCCACCCCCGUGGACCUCUGGAGUGUUGGCUGCAUAUUUGCAGAAAUGUUUCGUAGAAAGCCUCUUUUUCGUGGAAGUUCAGAUGUCGAUCAACUAGGAAAAAUCUUGGACGUAAUUGGACUCCCAGGAGAGGAGGACUGGCCUAGAGAUGUUGCCCUUCCCAGGCAAGCAUUUCAUUCAAAAUCUGCCCAACCGAUUGAGAAGUUUGUAACCGAUAUUGAUGAACUAGGCAAAGACCUACUUCUGAAGUGUUUGACAUUUAAUCCAGCCAAAAGAAUAUCCGCCUACAGUGCCCUGUCUCACCCAUACUUCCAGGACCUGGAGAGGUGCAAGGAGAACCUGGAUUCUCACCUGCCACCUAGCCAGAACACCUCGGAGCUGAACACAGCCUGAGGUCUCAGCAGCUGCCGUGAGCUGAUCUUCUGCAGAACACCCUUGGUGGCUGAUGUUCCCCCUGAGCUAGCCCUGCAGAGCUGUUAAGGGUCCCUGUCUGGAGGCCUUCCAGCUGCUGUCUUCUGGAUGGGCUCUGCUUCUCCAAGGAAACCGCCUAGUUUACUGUUUUGAAAUCAAUGCAAGAGUGAUUGCAGCUUUAUGUUCAUUUGUUUGUUUGUUUGUCUGUUUGUUUCAAGAACCUGGAAAAAUUCCAGAAGAAGAGAAGCUGCUGACCAAUUGUGCUGCCAUUUCAUUUUGCUAACCUUGAAUGCUGCCAGUGUGAAGUGGUAAUCCAGGCACAGCUGAGUUAUGAUGUAAUCUCUCUGCAGCUGCCGGGCCUGACUUGGUACUUUUGAGCAUGUGUGUGUGUGUGUGUGUGUGUGUGUGUGUGUGACAGAGAGAGAUUCUGUGAUCUCUUAAAGUGUUACGUUUUGUUAACAAUAAGAAUAUUUUAAAAACUCAAGGCGACCUAUAAAAUAGCAGGCAUUUGUUCACUGAAGGUGAUUGACCAGAAUGGUCAUCUCAAAUUAGAAAGUUGAACCAUGUCCUCAGCAUUUCUUUUCCGGCAAAAAGUAGUCCUAAGUUUGCUAGCAGUAAAAGGUGACGUUUUAUACACACAGCAAAAA